CCCAACCGCCGGAAGCGGCGGCCACCCGACAGUACCCGCUCGCCAGCCCGCCAGCCCGCCAGCCCGCGCCGGUCGGUUCGGUUGACGCCGCCGGGAGAUCCAGUCAGUCCGCCUCUGCCAGGGCUGCCGCUGCCGGACCGGCCAUGGACGAUACCCUGUUCCAGCUGAAGUUCACGGCAAAGCAGCUGGAGAAGCUGGCCAAGAAGGCGGAGAAGGACGCCAAGGCGGAGCAGGCCAAGGUGAAGAAGGCCCUUCACCAGAAGAACGUGGAGUGUGCACGGGUGUACGCCGAGAACGCCAUUCGCAAGAAGAACGAAGGCGUGAACUGGCUCCGCAUGGCGUCCCGCGUGGAUGCCGUGGCCUCCAAGGUGCAGACGGCCGUGACCAUGAAGGGGGUGACCAAGAACAUGGCGCAGGUGACCAAAGCCCUGGACCGGGCCCUCAGCACCAUGGACCUGCAGAAGGUCUCUGCGGUGAUGGACAGAUUCGAGCAGCAGGUGCAGAGCCUGGACGUGCACACGUCGGUGAUGGAGGACUCCAUGAGCUCGGCCACCACGCUGACCACACCACAGGAGCAGGUGGACAGCCUCAUCCUGCAGAUCGCCGAGGAGAACGGCCUCGAGGUCCUGGACCAGCUCAGCCAGCUGCCCGAGGGCGCCUCUGCCGUGGGCGAGAGCUCCGUGCGCAGCCAGGAGGACCAGCUGUCUCGGAGGUUGGCCGCCCUGAGGAAUUAGCGGAGCCCAGCGGCAGCACGCCCCAUCCCGGCCUCAUAGGGGAAGGGCUGGGAAGGCCGCCUCUGCCCCCUCCCCACUGCUCUCACCCUCUC